AUGAUAGACACUCCCGACUACACCGACUCCGAGUCCAACCCCACCGGCGCCAACAGCAUCGCCGGUGACCCCGCACAGCUUGAUGGCCGCAAACGCCGAUGGGAGGGUAAUGCCCUCCGCAAGGAGAUGUUCGGCAAGAAGCACAACCGUUUGGGGGAGAGCAAGGAGGACGACACCAUUCGUCGCUUUCGCUACCUGCUAGGCUUGACGGACCUUUUCCGGCAUUUCAUCGAUACCAACCCGGAUCCAAAGAUUCGGCAGGUGAUGGCAGAGAUUGACCGGCAGGAUCAGGAAGAGUUGGUAAAGGCGGAGGGGCACAAGCGGAAAGGCGGCGCUGGAGGUGGCAGGAAGAGACGGACGGAGAAGGAAGAGGACGCCGAGCUUAUUAGGCAAGGCAAGCAGGAUGGUAAGGAAGCGCAAACCAUCUUCCGUGAGAGUCCGAGCUACAUUCAAGGCGGCGAGAUGAGGGACUACCAAGUGGCUGGUCUGAACUGGCUGAUCAGUCUGCACGAGAACGGUAUCUCCGGCAUACUGGCGGACGAGAUGGGUCUGGGCAAGACGCUGCAGACAAUCUCCUUCCUCGGCUAUCUGCGCUUUGUGCAAGGCAUAACCGGACCACACCUCGUUGUCGUGCCCAAGUCUACCCUAGACAACUGGAAGCGCGAGUUUGCCAAGUGGAUCCCAGAGAUCAACAUCCUCGUGCUGCAAGGAGCCAAGGAUGAGCGUCACGAGCUCAUCAACGAGCGCCUCGUGGAUGAAAAGUUUGACGUCUGCAUUACCUCCUACGAGAUGAUUUUGCGCGAGAAGAGUCAUCUGAAGAAGUUCGCGUGGGAGUACAUCAUCAUCGACGAAGCGCACCGCAUCAAGAACGAGGAGUCCUCGCUCGCGCAGAUCAUCCGUAUCUUCAACUCGCGUAACCGUCUACUCAUUACUGGCACGCCGCUGCAGAACAACCUGCACGAACUAUGGGCGCUGCUCAACUUCCUCCUUCCAGACGUCUUUGGCGACGCGGAAGCUUUCGAUCAGUGGUUCAGCAGCCAGAAUGCGGACCAAGAUACUGUCGUUCAGCAGCUGCAUCGCGUCCUGCGUCCCUUCUUGUUGCGCCGCGUCAAGGCCGAUGUGGAGAAGAGCUUGCUUCCAAAGAAGGAGAUCAACUUGUAUGUUGGCAUGAGCGAGAUGCAGAUCAAAUGGUACAAGAACAUCAUCGAGAAGGACAUUGACGCCGUCAACGGUGCUGGCGGCAAGAAGGAGAGCAAGACGCGCUUGCUGAACAUCGUCAUGCAGCUGCGCAAAUGCUGCAAUCACCCAUACCUCUUCGACGGCGCAGAGCCUGGCCCUCCAUACACGACCGAUGAGCACUUGGUGGAUAAUGCGGCGAAGAUGGUCAUGCUGGACAAGCUGCUCAAGCGCAUGAUGGCACAGAAGAGUCGGGUCCUGAUCUUCUCGCAGAUGUCGCGCGUGCUGGACAUACUUGAAGACUACUCCGUCAUGCGCGGCUACCAAUACUGCCGCAUUGACGGCUCGACCGCGCAUGAAGACCGUAUCGCAGCCAUUGACGAGUACAACAAGCCCGGGUCUGAGAAGUUCCUCUUCCUGCUAACUACUCGCGCCGGCGGUCUCGGCAUUAACUUAACCUCUGCUGAUAUUGUCGUACUCUUCGACUCCGACUGGAACCCGCAAGCUGACUUACAAGCUAUGGACCGUGCCCAUCGCAUUGGCCAGACGAAGCAAGUUGUCGUCUUCCGCUUCGUGACCGAGAACGCGAUCGAGGAGAAAGUCCUCGAGCGCGCCGCGCAGAAGCUGCGUCUCGACCAACUCGUCAUCCAGCAGGGCCGCGCGCAGCAGCAAGCCAAGCAAGCCGCGAGCAAAGAUGAGCUACUAGGCAUGAUCCAGCAUGGCGCCGAGAAUAUCUUCGAGCAGAAGGAAGGCUACGGCGCUUUUGGCAAGAAGGGCGAAGUCAGCGAGACCGACCUGGACGAGCUGCUCCGCAAAGGCGAGGAGAAGACGAAGAUGAUGAGCGCUCGGUACGAGAAGCUCGGUCUCGACGAUCUGCAGAAGUUCAGCUCGGAAGGCACGGGCACUUACGAGUGGAACGGCGAGAGCUUCGUGAAUGCGCGCAAGAAGGAGAUCGGCCUGACGUGGAUCAACCCGUCGAAGCGCGAGCGCAAGGAGCAAAGCUACAGCAUGGACAAAUACUACCGCAAUGCGCUCAUGACCGGCGGGCCGCGACCUGAUCCUAAGCCUCGUGUCCCUCGUGCGCCGAAGCAGGUGGCCAUGCAUGACUACCAGUUCUUCGACGCGCGGCUGGCGGACUUGCAGGAGAAGGAGACGGCGUGGUUCAGGAAGGAGAACGGGAUCCGCGCGCCUCUACCCGAGGGCGAGGAGGAGAACAUGGAGGCCCGGCUCGAAGACCAAGCCCUCGAGCAGAAGAUGAUCGAUGAAGCCGAGCCCUUGACCGAAGAGGAGAUGGUGGAGAAGGACCGUCUGCAAGGCGAGGGCUUCGGCCACUGGAACAAGCGCGAUUUCCAACAGUUCGUCAACGGCUCGGCCAAAUACGGCCGCGACAACUACGAGAUGAUCGCGCAGGAAGUCGACUCGAAGGAUGCGAAGGAAGUGAAAGCCUAUGCCAAAGCGUUCUGGAAACACUACCGUAAGAUCGAGAAUUGGGAGAAGCACGUCUCGGCUGUUGUGGAGGGCGAGCAGCGCGCCGCCCGCGUGAUUGAGCAGAGGGAGAUGCUGAGGAGGAAGUUGAGGAUGUAUCGCGUGCCGCUGCAGCAGUUGAAGUUGAGUUAUACCGUCAGCACUACCAAUAAGAAGGUUUAUACCGAAGAGGAGGAUCGGUUUUUGUUGGUUAUGCUGGAUAGGUUCGGGCUGGAUAGUGAGGGGCUAUAUGAGCGGAUCCGCGAUGAGAUUCGAGAGUCACCGUUGUUUCGCUUUGAUUGGUUCUUUUUGUCGCGCACGCCGCAGGAGUUGGGGAGGAGGUGUGCCACCUUGAUCACGACUGUGACGAGGGAGAUGGAAGGUGGUAAUGCUGGGAAGGAGAAUAAGCGGGCGGUGGAAGAGGUGGAAGAGGAAGAGGAAGAGGAGGCGAAGCCGGUUGUUAAGAAGGGGAGGGUUAGUGGGGGCGGGAGAUAUGACCAGUGCUGCACUAACAUCGACGCGCAGAACAAGGCCGUCAAUGGCGUCAAGGGCACACCGAAUGGGACGUCGAGGGCGGAAAGCGAGGAUACGGUCAUGUCAGGUACUGGUGGGGGAGGAGGAGCGAAGUCGAAAAGUCGUGCUGCUCGUAAGCGGUAG